AUGUCUGCCUCAAUUGAAGAAAAGACCUCAGGCACCGAAGUUGAGACUGUUGAACAAGCCAGAUCAGAGGCUCGUCAUGUCCCUGUUCACGAAAUUCCGCUCGACCUGGACAACCCACACCAAGCCGCUUUGGAGGACAAUCCAGAAAAGGCAGAGACCUUGACAUGGCCGACUCUACUAGCAAUCCUGUCGCUGUCAUUCUCGUACGUCUGUCCGAUUUCUUGUGGCUUCAUUCUGGUCACAGGGAUUUUGGUUCCCAUCGGCACCGACCUCGGCGACACUGAUCAUAUUUCCUGGAUUGUGGGUGGCUGGAGCAUCGCGUCCUCUGUGAGCUUCUCCCUCGCAGGCUCAUUGUCCGACGUCUUCGGCCGACGAUGGACGGUCGUGGCGGGCGAGGUUAUUGCUAUUGUUGGCUCGAUUAUAGCAUGUACCGCAAAGUCGACGCUCAUGCUUGCCGCUGCAUCAACCGUCAUUGGCUUUGGGUGUGGUAUCAUUUUUGUCAGCUACGCCGGAAUCCAGGAACUUGUCCCAAACAAAUGGAGAGGCCUCCUGGGUCUUACCGAAUGUGCUAUGAUUCUACCCUGGGCAUUCGCGGGGACACUAAUAGCGACAACUUUGAACGCCAACACGGCUGCGAAAUGGCGAUGGUGCUACUACAUUGGCAUUAUAUACGGCGUCUUGAGUUUAGCUGGGACUUUGGUCUUCUAUUGGCCACCCCCACGUCCACAGUAUGACUUCUCCAAGUCGCGUUGGCAGCAAGUAAAGGACGUCGACUAUGUCGGCUUCCUCUUGUAUACGGGAGGACUGACGAUUUUCCUGAUUGGACUGACCUGGGCUGGGACCGAUGGACAUGCCUGGGAUUCGGCCUCGGUGAUUGCGCCCAUCAUUGUGGGUUUCUUGACUCUGACGGCUUGUUUCGUCUACGACUUUACACUGGCAAAGCAACCCUUCUUCCCCUAUUCUUUGUUUCGCCAAGUGCGCGAGUUUACCGUUCUUCUGGUUGUGGUCUUCGUGGCAGGCGUCGUUUUCUAUUCUUUUGCAGGCCUGCUCCCUCAGGGUUCGCUCUAUAUGUUCACGAGCGACCCCAUUCAGAUCGGCAUCAUCGCUCUUCCCAACGGUGCUGCACAACUCCUCUUUGGCGGCAUCUUGACACUUUUCAUGGGCAAGUUUGGCCAUUUGAAGCUGCAGGUGAUUGUAUUGCUGGUCUUUCAGACCGUCUUCACGGCCGCCUAUGCUGGUGUCGUACCGUCCAAUCGGGCAGGAUGGAUGGCGUUCCAGUUCUUUGGGGUGGGACCCUUUGCCAUGAUCACCCUAAUCUGCUAUGUGAUCGCCGGACUAAAUGUCCCACUGCGUCACUUGGGAAUCGCAUCCGGACUGAUUGGCACCUUUCGCAGCGGUGGCGGGAGUGUGGGCAAUGCAGGUACGUGGAUCUGGGACAGGAAUCGGAGUUCUCUCACGCUGACCAAAACGCCAAAAGUCUUCAACACCAUCCUCAACGGUGUGGUUAAGAACGAGAUUCCAAAGAAGAUUGCGGAGGUUGCGACUGCUCACAAUCUCUCCCCUCAGCAACUUGCGGCUCUGAUUCCUGCCACGGCACAGAACGCUGUCGGUAUUCCAGGCGCUUUCGCCUCGGUUCCAGGCAUCACUCCAGCCAUUGAGCAGGCCGCGGCAAUGGCAUACAGAGAGGCAUAUGCGUUCGCCUUCCGGAGAGUGUUCUUCUCGUCUAUUCCCUUUGGGGUUAUUGCCAUUAUCUGCGCACUAUUCAUCAAGGACCCAUCUCAAUACCUCACCAACCACACAGCUGUCCACAUGGUGAGAGAGGGAGCACUCGGAAAGACUCAUCGUCCACACAAUGCGCCAGGUGAAGACAGUCAGGAGAAAUCAGGCUCCAACACAGACCAAUCAUUGGAGGGUCGCUAA